AUGGAGAAAAUAAGGGUACGAAAUUCCUGGGUGCCAACCUGCCUAUGGCAACCUAGAAUUCUCCAGGGCAGGCUCGCAAAAUCUUCACCUACUCUCUGGGACAGUACUUUGCAAGAACAGAAGGGGGAAUUACGAAAACGUCUAUCAUACACUACCCAUAAACUGGAAAUGCUUGAAACGGAAUUUGAUUCUACACGUCAGUAUCUUGAAAUAGAAUUGAGACGUGCUCAGGAGGAACUUGAGAAAGUAACUGAAAAACUGAGAAGGAUACAAAACAAUUACCUAGCCUUACAAAGAAUUAAUCAGGAUCUGGAAGAUAAACUUUACAGAAUGGGUCAACAUUACGAAGAAGAAAAGCGGGCUUUGAGCCAUGAAAUAAUUGCACUUAAUAAUCACUUAAUUGAGGCCAAGGUGACAAUAGAUAAGUUGUCAGAAGACAAUGAGCUCUAUAGGAAGGACUGCAAUUUAGCUGCUCAAUUGCUCCAGUGCAGCAAGAAUUACGAGAGGGCACAUAAACUUUCUGAGAAAUGCACAGAGACUGUGGCCUUCACAUUAGUCAAAGAACCAUAUCUGUUGCCAUCUGACUUUCAGGAAAGAGUCAGCAUCCAUCUGGAAAAACAUGGGUGCAGCCUUUCUGUCCCCUUGUGCCGCACAUCUUACGCUGAUACCAUACCCACCUGUGUCAUCGCCAAAGUACUGGAGAAACCAGAUCCAAACAGCUUGUCUUCACACUUGUCAAGCCCCUCUACAAGGGAUCUCAAUUUUCAGGACUCUGCUGGAAAACUCGGGCAGAGGCCUCAGUACAAGUCAGACAUCUACUGCAGCGACACCGCUCUGUACUGCCCCGAGGAGAGGAGAAGGGAGAGGAGACCGAGUGUGGACACACAAGUGAAAGACGUGGGGUUCCUGCGGUCCCAGAACUCUACAGACAGUACUGUUGAAGAAGAUGGCUUCCAUUCCAGCUUCUCUCACGAAGCCUUCCCAGAGUACAUUACCUCUUUGCCAACCUCCAGCUCCUAUUCUAGCUUCAGCGUCACAUCUGAAGAGAAGGAGAACGCCCAAGCCAACACUAUGACAGCCUCCCAGCAAGCAAUCUACAUGAGCAACCGAGAUGAACUGUUCGAAAGAAAGUCACCUGCAGGUUACGAGCAUCAGGGAAGCCCAAGGUUUGCCAAGUCAAAACCUGCACAGCACAUGGAGCUUGCUGAUGACAAUGAGAACUCCCCCACGUUUACUCGGACUCUGCCUCCUUAUGCAAACGAACCUUUUCAUUUCUCAGCCAUAACACCACAGCAGGCUUUAGCAAAUCAAAAAAUGAGGAAUGAGUGCAGAAGCACCAACCUUUCAGAAGAAGACUUACCUGGGCGAUGGAGGCAGUUGAGUGUGGAGGACAUUGGUGCAUACUCUUACAGGAACACUGGCAGGCUAUCACCCUGCAGCUUUUCAGAGCAGUAUUACAGCAGCCCUAUGAAAACAGGAGACAGUCGAACAAGUCCCAUCUAUGCUAGUUACAAAGCAGAUAGCUGCUCAGAGGGAGAUGAUAUCUGCCAAAGCAGACUUGUGGAUUCUUGCUUCCUGAGAACAGACAGUGGCCUGAACAUUGACAUCAGCACUAGCUGUAAACAGGACAAGCUGCCCACUUACAAAACAAAAGAAUUAAGAGACCAAAAAAAUGAAAGGAUCACUGUCCAGUUAUGCAGUAGCAAAAACAUCGAAAAUAGCCCUGUGUUGAAAAGAGAAUAUGUGGACGUGAGCCCCAACAGCUCUGCAGAGUCCCUCAAUCACAGUUCGAUAGAGGCUUCAGAAAUCCACCAGUCUUCCAUGGAGCAAGGAAGCCAUUCAAGUAUUCACAGCAAACAGCAGCAGUUUCAGCGGACUGGGAGUACUGGUUUGAGCCGGAAGGACAGCCUUACAAAAGCACAACUAUAUGGAACCCUUCUGAAUUAG